AUGCUCAUCGAAGUACUGUUACUCUCUUUCGUCUUUCCCAAUAGGCGGAGCGGAAUUUCUGUAGCGCUUGCAACGUCGGCCACAAGAACAAGCUCUUCGGGAAUAUCAAGCGUUACCAGUACACUGGGUCCCACAAGUAUCCCAACUGCCACCGCCAGCUUUCCUCCAAUCGGAUCGAUUCCUCGCGAUUACACGCCGGAAGGGCAGGAAAAACUAUGGGAUAUUAUCGGACCUGUUGAGCCACCUCCAUUCACCACUACCCGCAUUCCCGGCGCAGCAGUCACCCUACCACCCUCUCCCCCGCCUUUGUAUCCAACAUUCUAUGCCCCUUUGCCAAAGGACGUCCUACCAGGCUUGAAAUUCCCCAAAGGCUUCAUAUUCGGAGUCGACACAGCCGCGUACCAAGUCGAGGGCGCCACGAAGAAUGAGGGCAAGGGUCCGACUAUUAUGCAUUACCGCUACAACGCCGAUCUUGCAACUGAGAUUGUUGUAGGUGACGUUGUCGACCUUCACUUCCUGUACAAAGAAGAUGUUCAGCUCCGCCCCCCUUGGUGUCACUGCGCAUUCUUUCUCGCAUGUAUUGGAAUCCAGGUGACGCGACUUCUCAGAACAAUGUCUCGUAGUAUCUCGUGGGCGAGGAUCUACCCCUUUGGUGCUGCUGAUUCUCCUAUUAAUAUCGCAGGAACUAUUCAUUAUUCCGAUGGCCUAUGGCGUGGAGCCUGUUGUAAUUUUGUAGAAAUAGUCCAUUGGGAAACACCUCUUGCCCUCAAGGCUUACUACGGAGCUUUCACAUCUCCAGAAAUAGUCGAUGACUUCGUAAACUACGCCAAGACGGUAUUCAAGGCGUACAACGGCCGUAUACUUUUAACGAGCCAUGUGCUUAUUGUGGCCAGGUUGCAACCUAUCCUUUCAGUACACAUUCUGAUAUAUCAAACCCCUUCCGCAAGCUUACCAUUAAGAAUAGAUGCCACACUCGUCCCUGGUGUAAACUCGUCUGCCGCCCCUUAUCGAUGCACAUACAAUCUGUUAAAGGCCCAUGCAGGAGUCGUUAAAGAUCUAGGCACGCCCUGGAGAAACAAUUCUACUGAGGACGCACUUGCCGUCGAAUGCCAUGCUGCAUUCCAAAUAGGCAUCUUCUCAAACUUCGUAUAUACAACAGGCGACUGGCCCAACAUUGUCGGGGACACCCUUCCCUCCGAGUAUCUCCUGCGCUUCACUGACCAGGAAAAGAGGGACAUCCUCGGCUCCGCGGAUUUCUUCGCCAUCGAUUCCUACCGCUCGCAAUGGGUAAGGGCCUCGGUAGAAGGAAUCGACGCAUGCGUCGCAAAUACUUCCCACCCUUUGUGGCCUGUCUGUAACGAACCUGUACUGUUCGACUCGGAUUACGGCUGGGCUAUAGGUCCUGCUGCUGACCCAUUGGCUACCUGGCUUCAAGCAACACCAGUGGCCGUUGGUACUUUGCUAAAGGAUCUCCACUCGCGAUGGCCAAGUAAUAAGUUGUAUGUUUCUGAAUUCGGCUUUGCGGGGCCUUACGAAAACGAGAAAACGGACCUAUCUCAAAUAAAGGAGGACGUGGACCGAACGAACUACUUCCUCACGUACCUUGGUGAGAUGUUGCUAUGCAUACACGAAGACGGGGUUCCAAUACAGGGUGCUUUCGCUUGGGCAAUGCUCGACAAUGCGGAAUGGGCAAGUGGAACGUCCGUCAGAUUCGGUAUCCAGCACGUCAAUUACACGACACUAGAGCGGACAUACAAAUGUUCGGCGCUGUCCUUGGCGGAAUUUUUUGCGUCGCAUCUUUAAGAUUGAGUUCCGUGUCAAUCUUGGUUUUCGUCGAAUGCAAAUUCAAGAACAGGGAAUACGCUUCUCCGACAGCCACACAAAUACAGACUAGUCACCAAUAAAGCCUCCCAGAAAGACAAUUUAGGCAGGCCUUAAAUGUAUACUCUUUCCAGAGAUCUUUCAUCGUCUUUUCCUUCUUAUCGACAACCACGGUGGGGUUUUGCUCCUCGUCCGUCUUGGUCUACUGCAGCCCUAUAAAGACGUAUAUGAAUGUUGACUUUGUAUCGAGUUUCAUGGGAGAGAGCAAUUUUCAACUUGACAGUCUGUCAGG